AUGCCUAAACUGUUUAUCACCGGGGGAAGUGGCUACGUCGGCUCAGUCGUGAUCGAGCUGGCCCUCGCAGAUGGAUAUACUGUCCAUGCCCUGUCUCGCUCCGACGCCAGCGACGAGACGCUGCGAAGACUGGGCGCUCAUCCCAUCCGUGGUGAUUUGACGUCCCUCGCUGUAUUGCAGGAACAAAGCGCCGCCGCUGACGCGGUGAUCCAUCUGGCCACUGCGUUCACGAUCGGGGCGGGACCCAACGAAACAGCCCUUCCCACUGACAUCGCAGCGAUUGAUGCCAUAGCCGACGGACUCGCGGGAACGCAUAAACCCGUCGUGAUCACCUCGGGUACGCUGGCGGUAGCCCCAGACCCCACAGGGGCCGAGACGAACGAGACGUCACAGAUCCAGGCUAGUCCUCUCAGCGAGCGCGCCCAGGUGGAAACCCAUGCUUUGGGCCUGGCACGGCGGGAUAUCCGGGUGAUAGGCGUGCGACUGCCACCGUAUACGUACGGCCGCGGGGGCAGCGGCGUGCGCAAGUUCAUGGAAAUGGCCACCCAGACGGGCAGUGUGUUGGUUAUCGAGGGGGGAAAGAACCGUACCACCUCGGUGCAUGUCGAGGACGCCGGUCGAUUGUUCCUACUGGCUCUGCAGAAGGGUCGCACCGGACUCUAUAACGCUAGCGCCAAUACCACCGUCACAGUGGGGGAGAUCUUCAGGGCGAUUGGCACGGUACUGGACGUCCCCGUGCGCGAGAUCAGCAGAGACGACGCCCUGGGGGUAUUGGGGUCUGGACUGACUUUCUUUCUGGGUGCAGAAAAUCGCGCCUCGGGGACAAAGGCCGAAAAUGAACUUGAUUGGCAUGCGAGAGGCCGGGGGAUCGUGGAAGAGAUCCUUCAUGGCUCGUAUCGUUGA